AUGCUGGCCUCGACGCUUCUCGAGUGCGAGAGGCUGUUCCUCUUCUCCAUGCUGCGCGUUAACGUGCUGGGCGAGCCUUGCAACGACGUCGUGUGCGGCUACUGGUGGAAGAACUACCUCUCUGGCGAGGACGGUAACGCCUGGUUUGACUCUUGGAACAAGUUCAUGCAGGCCAAGCUAGACCUGCUGGCUUCCAUCGCGGAGGAAAGGGAGGACACAGAGACGGAGCCCUUCCGCGUCCUGAUGAUCGGGGACAGCACGAUGAGCCACCAGUUCGGCGCCAUCUGCGGCUUCAUGGGCGAGAGAGAGGGACGACGAUUCGAUCCCGAGGUGAUUCAAGGCAGGGCCCCCGGUUGCUGCAUGGACACGUUGCCCAAAGAAGACGGAGGAGAAGGAGGAGGAGGGCGGGGUCUUUGUUUCCAGUAUGACCACUUCCGCUUCCUUGACCCCAAGCGACCGGACAGGACGUCGGUGGAUGCCUACUACUUCGGCAGCGGUCUCCACCUGCUGCACAUGUACCCCCACUGGCCGGAGAUGCACCCCAUGGAACCGCUGCGAGUGCAAUCGUGA